AUGGCCCCAAAUCAAGAAUUAAAGAAGAAACCAGUUUCAUUCUCCAACAUCCUUUUAGGAGCAGGAUUAAAUCUUGCUGAAGUGACCACAUUAGGACAACCAUUAGAAGUUAUCAAAACCACAAUGGCAGCUAAUAGAUCGUUAUCAAUUUUACAAAGUGCGAAAUUGGUAUGGUCUCGUGGUGGUGUCUUGGGGUUUUAUCAAGGUUUAAUACCAUGGGCAUGGAUUGAAGCUUCGACAAAAGGUGCAGUUUUAUUAUUUGUUAGUGCAGAAGCUGAAUAUCAAUUCAAGAAAAUUGGUGCAUCAAAUUUCGGAUCAGGUAUUGGUGGUGGUAUCAUUGGUGGGUUAGCUCAAGCUUAUUUGACUAUGGGGUUCUGUACAUGUAUGAAGACUGUGGAAAUUACAAGAUCUAAACAAGCUGCAGUUGGUGGAGUUGCUCAACAAACUUCAUUUCAAGUUUUCAAAGAGAUUUAUGCUAAGGAAGGGUUAAGAGGUAUUAAUAAAGGUGUUAAUGCAGUUGCUAUUAGACAAUGUACUAAUUGGGGUUCAAGAUUUGGGUUAAGUAGAUUAGCUGAAGAUGUUAUUAAGAAUUUAACAGGUAAGAAUAAGGAUGAAAAAUUGGGAGGAUUAGAAAAAAUUUUAGCAAGUGCCAUUGGUGGUGGGUUAAGUGCAUGGAAUCAACCAAUUGAAGUUAUUAGAGUGGAAAUGCAAAGUAAAACAAAUGAUCCAAAUAGACCAAAGAAUUUAAGUGUUGCAGGAGCUUUUAAAUAUAUUUAUCAAAAUAAUGGUAUUAAAGGUUUAUAUAGAGGUGUUGCCCCAAGAAUUGGAUUAGGUAUUUGGCAAACUAUUUUCAUGGUUGGGUUUGGUGAUAUGGCUAGAGAAUUAGUUGGUAAAUUAACUGGUGAAACACCAGUUGCAAAGCAUUAG